AAGUGCAGUGCUGUGUGGUUCUGUUGUGAACGCGGUCGGUCCGUUUAGGGAGUGUUGGUGUACGAGGGCCGUCGUGGCUUCCACUGGUGAUCCUGCACUGACCGCCGGUGGGGCCUUUGUCAACACUCAUGCGGGAGCCUUUAUUACUUUUCAUGUAGCAAGAGCGAGAAACAGACAUGGGAAGUGAGCAUUACUGCCUCAGGUGGAAUAAUCAUCAGAACAAUCUACUCGGAGUGUUUAGUCAGUUGUUGCAAGACGAGAGUUUGGUGGACGUGACUCUAGCCUGCGCCGAGGGACACUCGAUUCGAGCACACAAAGUAGUCCUCUCCGCCUGCUCCUCCUACUUCCAGUCGCUGUUUGUCGACCACCCUGGUCGCCACCCGAUCGUCAUCCUCAAGGACGUCUGCUUCUCAGAACUAAGGACAUUAGUUGAGUUCAUGUACAGAGGAGAAGUCAACGUCGAGUACUGUCGACUCUCUGCCUUGCUCAAAACUGCGGAAAGCCUUAAAGUGAAAGGUCUAGCGGAAAUGACUCACUUGCGAGGUGCCGGCGCAGCUCCACCGAGGCAGGAUGACUCAGAGCCCCCGCGUGCCCCUGAGCAGCCCCCCGCCUCCAUCACUCCCCGGCCAGACACACCCCCUACAACUAACCCUACCACACCCCCUGAUGCAGCAGACCACGAUGCCCGCAGCCGCAGCCCUGAGGCUGAAGACGACUUGUCCUCUGGUCCCAGUGAUAUGACCAUCAGCCGACUGCCCUCGCCACACACCACCGAGCCUCAACCCGGCCCCUCGGGACUGCCCCCCGUCCAGCAAGUACCAUUGUCAUUGAAAAAAGAAGUUGACUGGGAUAGACCGGAGGAGAGCGACGGACGACGGAGUGUCACGGGAGAAAGCAGCUCCGAGUACAGACACCCUCAUGAUCCGGAGGUGUGCCUGGUAGAAGGAGUUUACGGACCCUCAUGUUUCCCCAGACAUCGUGGCACCCCGUAUGAUCAGCUGGCCUCUGGUAGAUCCGCAACACCAUUCCAGUAUCCACCGUUCCCACCGUUGCCUCCGUGCUACCCUCACAGUGAGACUCUCCUCAGUCUACUCAGUCAGCAAGGUUUACUACCCCCAUUGCCUCCAACUGAGGGGACUCUCCGCUGCGCCGUCUGUCUAGCAGGUUUCCCCUCCGCGUGGCUACUGGAACAACACACGGCAUUGCAACACUCCGGCCAGGCACCACGCAGCCAUGCCCCCGAGCCCACCGAGGACAAACCCUUCCGAUGCGAUCAAUGCGGCCAGAGCUAUCGGUAUCGCUCCGCAUUCCUCAAGCACCGAGAACAAAACCACCGAGCCAGACUUCCCGCCGACAAGCUGUUUACCUGCGACGUAUGCGGAAUGCAGUUUCGUUAUUUGAAGUCCUUCAAGAAACACCGACUAAACCACGCUCUAGAAAGACUUCAUAAUCCUUUCCACAGACCAGGAUCAGCAGCUUCUGACAGCCGUCGGAGCGAGAGAAGCGAAAGAAGUGAACAAAGCGAAAGGAGCGAAAGAAGUGAAAGCGAGAGUCACGACAGGGGCGAUAGGAGUGAUACUCGGAGUGAGAAUAGCGAAAGAAGCGAAGGAGUCAGCACGUCAGCGAGAAGUGUCAAUGACGAAGUUACGAGUACUAAUGAGGCAGAAGGAUCUAACAACCGUCCUCCAACCUCUCCUUGCCCUCCCGAACAAGACGAUACGGUGGACUCUCUAGCAUUGGCUCUGGGCUCUAGCGAGGCAUCUCUGCUGGGUCUGUUGAGUCUCGGGGCUGAAGAGAGACAAAGAGAAAGACGCUCCUUCGCCUGUCCCUUCUGUGGAAAAUGUGUUAGAUCCAAAGAGAAUCUGAAGUUACAUGUCAGGAAACACACAGGGGAACGUCCUUUUGCAUGUUUGUUCUGCGGCCGAGCAUUCGGAGGCAAGAGCGACCUGACGCGGCAUCUGCGCAUCCACACGGGCGAACGACCCUACCACUGCGAGAUGUGCGGCAAAUGCUUCGCACGCGCCGACUACCUCUCCAAACACCUCACCACGCACAUACACAACUCCCACCAUCAACGUUAGCCUCUAACAGUUUAAUAUUUCAAUUAGGAGUGUUGUGAACAAUUUUUAAUAUUAUCGAUGUUGUGAAAGUUUUUAUCUUUACAUUUUAAAGGAAUUUGUGAUAUCGAAGCAUUGAAAACGAGACAACCUCUGAAGCGAGUUUAAUCGAAUAAAAGCGUUGUGUGAUAAAUAUAAAGGCAUUAUGAUCAAAUAGUAGGAGAACAUAACUUAUGAAAAUAGAUGUUGAUUUUAUUUAUUUAUUUAUUUAUUAUAGACGGUAUGUAUUUUAUAAGGGAUUGAGGAAUACGGGGUCUAGUUUAAGGGAAGAAUAAUUGUGGUUUCGUCAGUUGGACUGGUUUGUAGACAAUCGUUGGUGUUUUACUGUUUAUCUACCUCCGUCAUCACUCUGCUCUACCUCUGGUAAUUCAUAGACAUAGAUUAUUAAUAUGUGAAGGUCCAUAUUUAUGGCAAACAACAAAAGAUGGGUUUUCCAGCAUAGCCUAGGACAUACAAAUUGUUUGACAAUAUUUGUUUUGUUAGACAACAUGCAUUAAUUUUUCUAGACUAAAUACGGUGUUUAUGGUUUUUUUUUUCAUACAACGUAAUAGUACAGCAAGUUUGUGAUCAAAGUACAUGACUAACUACAGUAUAUCCAUGGAACGAGAUAUUUUCUUCUGUUGGGCAAACCAGUCAGUAAUAUAGUUUCAAACCUUAAGGGCAGAUGAAAAUAGUGUUUCAACAGGAAAAGCAACGUUAUUUGUAAAUAGUUAUUCAAGCUGUAAAACAAUGUUGUUUAACUUCAUUUUGGGGUAUCCUUGCAUGGAAUGAAACAUGUUUUGAAGUAAACAGCUAGAAACUGAUUCUUAAAUGGGAAAACGGGGCAGUAAACUAACUGAAGCACAGUAAACUUUGUUAAACUUUGUAGCAAAACUGCUAAGUUUACAGAGGUGCAAACCUAACAUAGCCGCAUGACAUUUUUACAAACUUCUGUCAUAUAAUAGUCCACAAUCUACAUUAAUGGGGUGUGGUUUAAUGAGGGUUUACUAUAUUUAGGUAUUACUUGGCUAGCUGAGAAGAAAGAGUACAAAUAAACAAUAUUUUAAAGUAGGCCUACAACAUCAGAUUUUAUCUGAUUUGCUUAACUUUGUGACAGUUUUUGCAUUGUACACUAUAAGUAACUUAUCUACCUCUUGAUGUUUCAAUAUUAUCAUGGAUAGAAAACCCAUCUUUUGUUGUGAAAUAAGACAAAAUUACUCAGAAAUAGGCAAAAGCAAAAGAGGUUCAUGAUUAAGUGAAGCUCUUGCUACUCUCUUAGGGUGCUGGUAAUUGUGUUAAUUUUUAUCAUCUGUUAGUUUUACGAGUUUUUCAAAAUUAAUUUAAAGUAUGUUUACAAUUUUGUUGUAAAUAUACUGAUGCAUACCAAUCAAAAUCCCUUAAAAUUAGGAAUCAUUUUCCAUAACAAUUUAUUAAACACCCCUGAUCUAAAUUGCUGAGUACCUUGUAAAGAAACGUUAGCGUGUUAAUGAGGAAAAAAAAAUAGGAGCAAAAGAAAAGUAUGUGUAGGAGCUACACCCUAGCUCCUAGGGUGGACGACCUGUCCUCCUAAUUAUUCAGGUGACUGGGGGGUUAUUUGUCAGCUUUCAUAAAAAAUUUCUUACAUUCUUAAUAAAAUUACUAUUUGUCUAUUAGGAGCACGGAGUACUUCAUUGCAGCUCGAGAACUGUGCUGCCAUACAUUUCGAGACCGGCAAUGACUGUACUCGUAAUACACACAAGAUUUUUUUCUACAACCAUAAUUAACUUAUCAUAAUACACGGAUAAACUUUUAGUUGUAUAUAAAAUGUUAUUUAGGUAAUGUUAUUUGCUUACCGGAUGUUAGUGUUUUAAACGCCAACAGUGAAAUCAGCUGAUUUAGUGAGGGAGAAUGAGAUAAGCGGAAAUGAGCUGUUUUGUGUAGGUACUGUUUGGCCACUGCAUUUCCAUGCAGUGGUAGGAAAAUUGAAUUUUACAAAGCAACCUUUAUUAUAUUGUUGUUUCUGAUGUUUAUGUUUAAAUCGUGUUCCUGGUAAUCAUAGUAAAAUAUUAUAACAAUUGAUUAUGGCAGGCUUCAUAGGCAGUCAAAUUCUUAGGAAAUCACCUUCAAAGAUUUGCUAUAGAAUGAUAGAAUUUUGCGCUCUUUAAAUAUUUCCAUUUAGCAGUAAAAAAAUAUUACAUUUGUAAAGGAUGUAGUGUUUUUAAUAUCUAGAAUUGAUUCUCAAAGGCUUUAAGCUUCACUGCGGCUAACUAUUAAGUAUAAAAUAUAGCAGAAUUCAGACUUCAUUCCUCUAAACUCUAGAAUAACUCAACUUCUGGAGUUUUGUACUAAAUAAAAUAAGAGCCAUAAUUGUAAUUUUAAAGUGUAAUAAAUCAAUAAUGCAGCAAUGACUUAAUCAGCUUCCUAAUUACUUAAUAGCAACACAUACCAGCACCCUGCUUUUCCGUACAAAUUCCAUAAAUGUGAAAUAUAAAAUUUACUGUAACGCUUCGUACAAAUGGAUUGCUCACUAUGCUUUCUUUGUUUGAUCGGAAAAAUAGCAGUUUCAGUUUUUUGGUGCCUUUCUGAAAUUGGAGAGUGUGAAGUUGGUUCUAAACUUUUAAUUUUAAUAUUGUAUUGGAAAAUACUAGAUCAAAUCAACGAUUGGUUCAAUGAACCGCAAACAUUUGAUCUCAUAGCGUUUUUGUGCUUUCAUUAAUUAAUCUAAGUACUUAGUACCCUUCUUAGGAAUAAAGUACAGAUUCAUCUUAGUUUUAUUGUUUUUUCAAUGAAAUUUUUAAAGUAGUUGGUCGGAUCUAGUAUUUUUCUUAGUUUGGUCAAAGUACAAAUCAUUCAACUACUGUGCAAAACCAUGAAACAAAAACUACAAUAGAACUGCCUAAUACUGCCACAAGUCGGCCGAUGAUACGUUGUACAAAACUUGACGGUGAUAUAUAGUACACACUAACCUCUACUGUUAGUUCCUAGAAGUAGCAACUCUUCAUUGAGUUUUCAUAUAUUUGUUUUUAAAUUUGCUUUCACAGAGUCUUAUUUUUUGUUAACAUUUACUUAAUAAGUGUGAAUCCAAUAAUGUUCUUAAAUUCUGUUUCUCUCCUGGGCUAUGUAAACCAAAGUCAACCAAAAGCAAUACAAUACUGUACUAUCCAGAAAGAUGGUUUACGAGAUUGUAGUUUACCUGUUAAAAGAGACAUUCUGUAAAAAUGUUUAUUUACUUUGUUGUGGAUCACGUUUUUUUUUCCUGUCACAUUUUUGACUUGGUUUACUUAGGUAAUCAGUUGUGGAAACUAUUACAAGCUUAUUAAAACAAAUGUGUGUAGUUUUGCCCUAAUAUACAAUUUUGAUGUUUAACUUAAGUUGUUGGAUGGUUUUUAAACAUAAUAUUAAUAUUUUAAACAGAAGUUCAAAGCUGUGUGAUAAUAUGUAACUCGACUACAAAUUUAAUUACGUUCGAACAUCUGUUAAAUCAUACAAAACUGUAAUAUACUUGUACAAUUGAUAGUUUCAAACGGUUUAGAACAAUUCAGAUAUUAGGUGUGUUGGGAGUUAUUUGUAAAAGCUAAUUUAUUUUGUAUAUUCAAUCGAAAUAGAAUUAUUUCCCAGCAUCGUUUGGAUCAAGUUUAUCUCAACUGUUCCAUUGUUUGUGAAGUAAUGUGGAUUCUUGGUGUAUUCAUAUGUUCCCCACACUUAUCUUUGUACAUAACGUGGUACUGCUGUAUUUAACAGUUUAUGUUCAAUGUCUUAAAAUUCAAUGUUCAAAAGUAGAAGAUCAAUAUUUUGUUUUAUAUUUGUGGUGUCCGAUGUGAAAUGUUUUCAAGAUGUUUCCUCUCUGACAUAAUUAUUUAAAUUCUUAACUAAUUGAAUUUUCGUGUAAAAUAACUUUUGAUGCAAAGAUUUACCCAAUGAUCUUUCCUGUGUAUUUUAUAGUUGAAAAGUUACUUGUGGUAUUGUACUUAAAAGUAUGUUUGUACUUCCGAAACAAAUGCUUUUAAUGUUCUUUUGAAGUAUUUAAGGUACAUAAAACAUUCACUCAAAGAUUACUGAAAUGUUAGAGAGGAACACUUGACAACUCCGAGUACUGUAGGCCUGGUAUGAGUAUUUAUAGCUACUAAAUGUUUCUGCCAUGGUGAUAUCUAUGGCUGUACGGGAUGCAAUAAUCAAGAGCAAUGUCUUGACGUGAUAUCUAGUGAUAGUGGGACAGGCUGCCACUGCCGUCCGCUAGUGCUUCCUAGGGAGAGUAAUUUUGUGAUAUGAUCGAACGUUAGUAACAAAUUAGCAACGAAUGUGAUAAAAAUAUAUAAUAACAGAAAGUCUAUUGCCAUAAAUUGUUAAUGUUGCCAUAUUUCGUAGAUGCGGCGCGAGCCCUUGUGAACUGCUCAUCUUCAUGUGCAUGCUGUGUCUUUUUCUCUCUUCCUCUAUCUAAGUAAUUGUUUUAUCACGGUGCUAAAGUGUGAAUUUUAGCUAGGUCGGAAUUCAACAGUCGGGAUCGUAUCGUAUUUUGUGAUUGUUUUACUAGCUGUUGAACUUCGACUCGACUGGUCGAAUGUAACGUAAGGUCUGGAGAUAUGUGAUAAGACGAUAUAUUAGUUUUUGAUCGGUCUAUAGGAAGUAAGUUUGUUUAAGGUGUCGAGAUAUGGAAAGUAUUUUAUAGUGUCUGUUUUGAGUGAUUGAGAAGGUAGCUUUUUAUACACAAAUAUUUUUACAUCGGAGUGCAUGAGAGUAUUUACUAAUGUGUUUUGCGAUACUCGACUUAUGUUGUGUGUAGUCCUCAACUUUGAUAAACAGAAUACAUCCCAUGCACUCAAAAACUAUUAUGGAUUCAGCCAAAACUCGAGAAACUAAAUUAAAGUAUUAUCAAGAACUCACUUUGAAUUCUUGUAUUUUAUAUGUUUCACAGAAAGUAACUCGACGUUGUCUCAGAAAAACUAUUUAACAAAUAAAAAACGCUAUAUCUGAGCUUUGGCUGAAAUAGGGAGAAUUCGGGUGUAAAAUAUACUUAACAGGAUUUUUUUAACUUACAUACAAUACAGUGGCUGUGAUAUUAUGUACGGUAAUUAUUAUUUAGUCUUAUUAAACUGUACAUAAUCUGUAUGUACAUUUUUAUUGUUACUAAUUUUUUAACAUUGUCCACAUUCUCGUCUUAGAUUGUAACCGAGAAAAAAAAACUGUACAUCUAAACUCGGUGAAAAAUUAACUAUUUUAAGAUGGGAAUAAGGAUGAUCUUUUUAUAACUUUCCCACAAGAACACUGUAGUUAAGUUACGGUAGUUAUUGUUUAUUUAUUUGCGCAGGGUUGACAAGUUUUGGGUGUGCGGGAUGUGUCCCAGUUGCUGUUUCACUAACCGUGAGCACUGCAAUGCAAUUUUGUUGUGAUAUAUUAAUAAUUGAAAUACUUAUCGAUGUCUGUGAAAUAUGCAUUAUUGUUAGAUGAUUUAUGUAAUAUUUUCAUGUAAUUUAAUGCUGUACAAAGAUUUGAUAAAUCGUUUUAGUGUAUUAAUUGCUGUAUAGUUAACAUUAACAGACAAAGUUUUAUUAAAUUAACGGAUAGUAAAUGUAGCUAUGUUUUGUGAGGAGCGAAGUUUAAGAGUGGCCGAGAGGAGGUUGUAGUGUGACCUUGAAAUGUCAAUUAAUGUUCUCAUGUUGCAAAGUACGCAGUAAUGAUUAAUAAAUGAAAGGUUUUACCAAUAGCAACCUGAUUGAGUCUAAAUUUUAAGACAUCGUAUGUUUUAUCACCACAUGGAUCUUAAUAAAAUUUUAUAGCAGGACAAAACGUUUUUUAAACACUACAUUUUCAAACUAUGAUUCAGUAUUUAGAUUUAAAACAGCAUGUGAAAUCAACAACACUAGUACAAAUGUUUUUAGUACAAUAGUUUCAUCCAUUCCUCAGCAAAUUGCUCUCUACUGAAGAAUCUUUUUUCUUAGCUCAAUGUUUAGCAAGUUUUGUAUUUUAUUAAAGGACUCGUCGCUCAAAGUUGAGCAAUAAUGUGAUAUUAGCAAAAGAUAUAAGGCUUUUUAAGUUAUGUGUUUUAUAAUAUUUGUUUAAAUUAACCUCUAUUAUGGUGAGUUAAAGCAUGGUGAGUCAAAGCAGGCUGCCGUUAAGAUUUGUUUAUUAUGUCCAGUAUAUAUUCAUGUAUUAGAUUAUUAAAAAAAUAUUCAUCAGUGUUUUAAAUGUAGUGAAGUCUAUCAUAGAAAAGAUAUGAGUUUAAACCUCCGUGCCUCCGGAUUCAAAUUAAAUGACACUCUAUGACUUUAAAUGAAGUCAUUCACUACAAUUCUUCACACAAAUAUUUAUUUUUUCCUAUCAGGCAAUGUGAAACAAUGUGUUGGGUGGUUUAAAAAGAAUGGUUGGAUUUGAUAAUCCCAUCAGUGAAUGAAGACUAAUAAGGUCUACUCUAACAAGUUGUUAACUGGCUAUCAUUAUUUGAGCAGUGGAAGGCGAGGCAACAAUAUUCAAUGGAGGAACUUUUACAAACAUUACUAACAACAAGUCUUGGUUUUGAUGGAGACUCUUAAGCACAAGACAGUCUUGCACUUUGUUGACUUGAGCUACCAUCUUUUGGGUAUUUGAUGUUUUCUGUUUGCUCAUCCUUAGUUGUAAAACAUGGAUGGCAGAUUGUUUGAAAUCAAGGAUCAGUGCAUGCACGCAUCAUUGACAUACAUGGCUAUGGAAUUUAUGUGUGACAAAAGAUAACAAAAUUCACUUUUUAAGAAACUGUCCAUACACGAUGAUGUUUCUCUAGAAAGAUUAGGCACUUUGAUUGACAUGUAGCCUGAGACACAUUUUAUCACUCAUAUUUUUCCAACAUAGAGCUCUUCAAAUCUGACCAUUCCUUUUAUACCACCUACAUUUGAUCUCCUGCUCUACGCUAUUUCAGUUUUAAUAUUUUCAAAAUGUUAGGUCUAGGUAUCAUCAUAAACAAAAUUUCUCCCUCCGCCCCAUUAAAAGAAAUGCUUGUUUGAAAUACCACCUGUCUUUUGAUGAUUUCAAAUUUUUUAACUAAAGUAGUUUCAAAUCAGUCGUUGGGAAAAAUAUCCAAAUCUCAAUAUGAAAAUAAUAUUUUUUAAAUUUUGUUGUUUAAAGAUGUUGGCGGCAUACGAAGCAAGAUAUUGAGUAGCAACUCUAUUUCACAACUUAGAUUUCCCUUAGCUAAUCAAUUGUGAAUUUAUCACUUGUUUUGCAAUUUAUUGUAUCUCAAAAUAUGUCUCGUAACCUUAAUAGGGAACUUUCUACUUUUUACCACAAUUUUCAUAAGAUGAUUGUUUAGCAAUGUUUGAAAAUUUUAGUAAAUUUUGCAGGAAAUUUGGUAAUUUAGUUUUUUUUUUAAUGGUAGGUCUUUUAACUAAAUAAAUAUAAAUUUUAUAUGCAUGAAUAGGAUGUGUUUUUAGUAAAUACAAUUUGUAUUAUCUUUGUUACGUUUUGUUUUCUAAUUUCAUCAAGAUGAAGUGCCUAAAUAUAACUAAGUUUUAAAAUUAGAAUAGGGAUUAGUACGUUUUAGUAUUGGAGAGGGCAAACGAGAGUUUACUAUUGCCGAAUAGAUAGGAACACCACAAUUCUCCUGGUCACACUUCAAUUCUCCCUCGUUCGCUCAGCUCCAUGUGAUUUUGGGCCUUGGUAGGGGAGAAAGUUUAAUAGUAUGUAUAUUUUAGCGUGGUUGCCAUCUGAUGGCAGGUAUAUACAGAGUCGAUUCAGUGAUACAUUUGAGAGAAAACUGUAAAAAUAUUUAUAAUACUUUAUAUUCUGUGUUGAAGAUCUCUAUUAUUUGCUCUGACAAUUUCACAGCUUGAAAAUUCCAACUUAAAGUUUCAGCGCCUAGAAUUUUAAGAUUUAAAAUAUUGUACCACCUUUUCAUUGAAUGUUUUUUUUAAGUAUUUCUUUACCCGUUUCAAAUUACAUAUCGUAUUGUUGUAGGCUUUUCAUGCUUUUAAAAAGAUUAGAUUUACAGGGGCAUUUAACUCAACUUUGAUUCUAACACGUUACGGAACAAAUCAAGUCUUGUGCAAUAUUUAUGUUGGUUAAAUAAACAGUCAAACUAU